AUGUCGACAUCAAUUGCUAUGCGGCCUGUUGCAAGGAGGCUUCUAAAGCCUACCAGAGCCCAGCAUAUUCCCCCAGCGUUCCUCCUACCCUCCCUGCUAGCCCCUAUUCAGCAAAAAAGCUCCUUCUCCAGCACGACCUUCAACCUCUACCCACGAGACAACAAUCGCGAACGAGGAGUAUCAACCGCACGACGGACCGGUCUCCGACAACCUCUCUCUGUAUCCAAAACGCCUCUACCCAAACCAGUCCUCGACCCCUCGAAACGCUCCAGAGUAGAAGUGGAUGAGGAUCAUGGAUUAUGGGAUUUUUUUCACAGCAAGGAGAAGCCGAUGAAUACUCCAGAGGAGGACUUUGAACAUGGGAGGCCUUGGUGUGUAGAAGAGCUGCGGGGGAAGAGUUGGGAAGAUUUGCAUGCGCUGUGGUGGAUUUGUUGCAAGGAGCGGAAUAGAAUUGCUACGGAGGCAUUUGAGAGGAAGAGGCUAGAGGCUGGCUAUGGAGAUUCUGAAAGCGAGAGAAGAGAUAUCACUGUGCGACGGACACAACGAGCUAUCAAGCAGGUCCUGACGGAGAGGUAUUAUUCCUGGCAAGAUGCGGAAGCUAUUGCAAAGAAUGACCCAGAGGUCGAUCUAUCUGGAGAGGGUCCUCCAUACAACCCUACCGAUUUCGUUGAGAAAUAUGUGCCAGAGGAGGAAGUUUCCCUGGAAUCGGGUGUCAAGCCGGAGCAAGAUAUACCGCUGGACCCUGAGGUGAAGCCAGAGCAGAAGUAUUCACCAACUCUGUAG